UAGACGUAAUUUACUUACUAAGUUGUCUACAGUUUGAGCUGCUGUGCUGGUGCAGUCACAGCUAGGGACACAGAAAUUCUUUCAGAAGGAAGAGGAACCCAGAGCGACAAUCAAUAAUUAUUCAUUUAUCAUAUUUCGAACAUUGCUUUUUGGUAAACAAGGAAAUGGUUCGAAUGAAAGACGGGAAAGCGUCUUCUUGCCUGUUUGUCUGUUUCAUUGUGGUCAUCAUAGUUGUCUUCAACACGCUUCCUGCCAUCUUUUACUGCUUGCCAUCAAAUGAGAAUGAAUCAAAGAGUAUUCAUUUAGCGUCACAGGACAACAGCUCUCUGAUAUGCGACGUGCAGAGGGUGAAAUCGGACUCACGGUUUAAAACAGCAAAACUCGACUUCUUGCUGUCGUCUGCUUGCCGAAAUUACCUACCAUGGCUAAGCGAUUUUCAACAUAUUAAACAUCAGAAAGACAGCAAUCUCAGCGGGAUCAUCGCAAUUGACGACGGCUGCGGCUUGCAUAGGACAGAAACAGACCUGAAACGUCUCUUUGGUCUAGCGAGUUUGAUGACUAAAGACUGUUUGUUUCACGGCCUUCCUUUCAUGUGCAGUUAUUUCUACAGACCGUUUGUAAAUGGCAGUCUGUGUAACGAGCAUUGGCCCACAAGAGAUGAAUGUACAACUGUAAAGACAGUGCACUGCCAAUCAGAAUGGAAAAUUAUUGAAAGCCUUCAACGGUCAAGUGACUACUGUAUUCGACUACCUGAUUGUACACAACUCCCAGCUCAACAGCGAAACAAAACAAAGAAAAAGCUGCUGCCAAAGUCUCAAGUUGCUAUCUCCAAAAUUCUGUCUGAAAACCUAACAGCGGGUGUUUACCAACGCAAAGAGGAUUACCAGUGUUCUCCUCCAUGUCCGGCAGUUGAAUGGCUGCUGAGAGAAGAAAGUCUUUUUGGCGGGACGUUUAUAAUACACAUCUGCCUAGUUGCAGUGUGCAUAGCUUCUUUCAUCGUUUUCUACACGUGGGCGAGAGUCAAAGAACUACGUGCAUUCCCUCAUACCAUAACUUUACUUUCUGUGGUAUUCUAUCUGGGAGCAGGACUGACAUAUUCUAUGUCAUUUAUUGUGGGACGCCGUGAAGCCUACUGCUCACACAACGACGUCAUCAGCACGUGGGAGGAUCCAACCAGGUUUUGCAUAGCCCAAGGUGCAAUUUUCCAAUUCUUCUUUAUAGCAUCUUUAGUUCUAUUUAGUACCUCUGUCUUGAACGUAUUGGUGGCUAUCUAUGAUCUAAAGAAGCCUGGACAAAGUGGCAUUUUGAAACGUCAUUCGAGACUAGUAUUUUCUGUUGAGGUCUUUGUUAGUUUGGGCGUUGCUGGAGCAAUCGUGUCUGCUGUCCUCAACACUUCGUCUUAUCACAACGACAGUCUUCAAGUCAUCUGUGUUCCGAGAAAUUCAAAGGCUCGUUUCUUCUCGUACACCUUGCCAUCUCAGGUUACAGGAAUAUUUGGGUUGAUCAUGGCAAUUCUCUUCAUUAAACGCAUGAAACAGUCUGCUCAAUUUCAAGCCAAGAAUGGAGCAAUAAACAAGAAUGUCACAGCCGCAGGAGUGAUUAUUACUCGCCAUUUCUUGGUAUUAGUGUCAGUGUUUCCGAUCGUUUCCGUGUUGGCUUUUAGUAUGUUUGAGAUUUACGACUACUUUUGGUAUGACAAGACUCUCAAUGACAUCGCAAAUUACAUCCUGUGUCAACAGACUAAUGACAGCAGUGACUGCAGCUUACUUUUUGAUGACGCGGGCGUGACGGUAUUGUAUUGCAUCGUUCCAGUGUGUUGUUCCAUUUUUGCAGUUCUACUAAUGGUAUAUGGCCUAUUCCCAGGACCAGCCAGAAAGCUGUGGGCUAACCACUUCCAAACGCUUUUACGUUGUCUGAGAAGAAACAAGAACAAAGGCAGGAAGGAGACGCAUGAAAAGAACCAUCGUCGUCAAGAACCGCCAAUUCAGAAAUACCGCAAGAUCGACGUCCAUGAAGAAACUAAACCGGAACAAAAUCAGGACGGGAAAGCGAACACUGUUAAUGCAGGAAACCGUACCUCUUGUCAAAUAGGCAAUGAAGAGACUAUUGAUUGUGCUACAGAAAGCAACGGAAGCAGCAGCAAUUCUUGUGCAGACACUACCAUCCGCCAGGAAUGUCACAAUGCUAUAGACGAACAAGAACAUUGUGAAAACCUUUCGAAUGAAAGCAAUGAAAACAGCAGCCGUUGCUUCGCGUGUGCAGACACUGACAGCGAUCAGGAAGGUCAGAUUACCAAAGACGAUCAAGAAAAUAGUGAAAACUGUUGUAGGAAUGAAAGCAACGAAAUCAGAUGUUUUACAACGAGCGGAGACACUAGCUGCCAGAUGUGUCACAAGAUCGAAGAGGAUCAACAAAAGUCUGAAAACUCCGAGGAUUUACAGCAAGGCCAAGACAUCGCCCAUAAAGCUCAUGAUGAAGGAAACGAAAAGAAAAUUGAAGUAAGGCAAACACCGAGAAGAGUACUUUCCUUUCAGCAAUUGCACGAGAUAGCCGAUCCUAUCUCUGAAAGACUGAGGAAAGUAGUAGCGGCAACGCGGAAACUGAAGAGGGCCAUUUCUCUAAGGGAAAUGUUUUGGAGCCCACAGUUUAUCAAAGAGAAAAUGAGAAGAGCAAGUUGGACAUUAGACACAAUAAACAAUAAAAACGAGAACGUUUAAUUCCAUUCACCGUCUUUGAAACAAAAUGGGCAAGCGUUUGAAUAUAGAAAUUCCAUUCUUAGUUAAUGUAGAUAAUACAAUGUAAGGGCUUGGAGUCUGUAUUAAGUUUUACUGGAAACUUGUCAAGUAGGUUUGCGGUUUAGCACAAAUAGGGAACGCGGGGUUUUGCUCAAUAGAAAACUGUUUAAAUUGACAAUGCCAC